CCUUCCCCUUUUGCUGCAAUAGGCGCUGUACAUGGUGCUGGCUGGGCUGAAGGCAGAGAUCAGCUCCGAUAUGACAGAUCUCAAAACGGAGCUCCGCUCCGGCAUGACAGAUUUCAAAAAGGAGCUCCGCGCGGAUCUGAGGCAGGCGGAGGACCGUUGGUACACGGUUUCCCCCGACACUGCCACUCUCAAGGCGGUCAGCGAUGCCCGCACGCCGCCACCGCCGCCGUCGCCGAAGCAGGAGAAGCAACCAGACCAGCAACAGCAGUAGCUGCGGUCGAUGUUGACCGCACUGCACGGCAAGCCGCUGUCGACGCGACUGGUUGCCUCAUGGCCUGGCAGUGGAGGCAGCGGUGGUAGAGGCGACAGCGCAGCUGCAGCCUCUGUUGUGUCUGUGCCGGUCAGCCGAUUGCUGGCGCCUAGGCUAGUGGCGGCCGGGCUGGUGGUGGCAAGGCGGGCGAUGUAGGGGAACUGCCGCCUUCAAGGCGCUCUGAUCCGCGCUAGCGCUCGUGAUGGAACAUGGCAAGGGGCAGGAAAGCGUAGUCCCGAUGUGUGUGGCUCCCACCCGUGCCCACAUAAAUGCGUAGCAAGAAGGGACAAGGCAUUGGUGCGUCGUUCGCGCGCUGUUACUGUACCGACGGUAGCUGGCAGGUUGUGUCGAUGUUUUGCUGACGCGCAUUCCUCACGCUCCGGGCGCCCGGCCAAGGCGAUAGCACCACACAGACUCAAUGCGACGCCACACCGCGCGGAUAGCAUAGCCGAUGCGCACCUGCAGGCAGUCGACCGGCGUCCACGGAUGAGCUGUGUAGACGAGCACUAGCGUAAUGCAACGGCGUGCAGCAGAACAAUGGCCGGGCGACAGUGUGACAAACAGGGGCAAGAACAAGGCGAAGCAAAGCAGAAGAGGGGCCCGAAUGUGUACGACAAUUGUGGCGGGCAGGCCGAAUGCGGUGCAACACGCCAACAACACAACCGGAGGUGAGGAAGCGUUGCUGAUGGUGCGGAUAGGUGCUGCGACGUUCGGUAGGGGAGCUGUGGCCGCGCACUAGUUGGGAGGAAGUUUCCGAGGCGUUGGUUCCGAGGCAUUGUUUGUGGCUGAUGUUUGUGGCUGAUAAAGAAAGAAGCAGAGUUUCGGCUGUGAGCGGCUGGCGAGGAGAGGCGGGGGCUGUUGCGUUUUGGAAGGCGGGCGGAAGGCCGCACACGCCGGGAGUCGGGCAGGCUGUAGAUUUUGCUGAAGCUGCGUUUGAGAAGGGAGCCGAAGGGACAGCUGGGGUGGGACAGUUGGUGUGGGACAGCUGGAAGGGACAACUGGAAGGGACGACUGGAAGGGACAGCUGGGAGGGACAGCUGGGAGGGGACAGCGGAUGUAGGACUGCUGGGGUGGGACAGCUGGGGAGAGGCACGGGACAGCUGGGGAGAGGCACGGGACAGCUGGCAUGGGACGCUGGGUGGCUGCAGAGGCUGGCAGCGCUGGGGCUGGUACGUAGGUGGGUACUUGGGUACGUGGCUGGAUGGGGCCCGGGCAUCA